AUGAGUCCAAUUUCUAGUGAAUAUUUUAAUGAAGUUUUUAACGGUAAAUAUGUGUUACUAGAUGAGGGUAAUGGCCCAAUCCACAGUCUAGUAACUUCCAGUGAUGGUAAGAAAUUGGCUUUGGGCUACACCAAUGGAAUAGUCAAGCUUUAUGACUUUAACAGGUGGCAAUGUGGAGGUUGUGGGUCAGUUUGGAGUUGCCAUUUAGAACAAUCGGUUGAAUGUUUGGCAUUCUCAAGUGAUGAUAAUAUCUUGGCUGCUGGAUUCGGCAGUAUAGUCAGCUUCAUUUCAGUUGAUGUGGGAGAUGUAUUGGUGAAUUCCAUUAAGGGAGAUAUGUACAUUAGGGACCCUAGGCAAGUUAAUGGUCACGUGGCUCGGGUAACCGAUCUACAAUCUAAUACCGGUAAACAAACAAUGUUUGCCAGUUCCUCUAUCGAUGGUACCGUGCGAAUUUGGGAUCUUACUACUCACACAAGCGGCGUUGAAAUGUCUAUGCCUUCCAUUAAAGUUCACGCGCAGAAAUCUACAAGAGGAGCGCGGGAUCUAAUUACUUGUUUAUCUUAUGUGGGAGUUAGUCGCUUUUCUAACGACUAUUUGAUGGCUGGAUCUGGCACUGGCACUCUGCUAAAAUGGGAUAGUAGGACCAAUGCACCAAGUAUUAACCGAGAUAAGGCCCAUGUUGGAGGUAUAAUUGAAUUGGCCACGGUAGAUGCUAUGAAAGUGGUGACUAGGGGGGAAGAUGACAUGAUUUCUCUAUGGGAUAUUCGAGUCCUUAAAAACUCAAUAGCUUCUAUUGAGUUUCCCGAACCAAGUUUCAAAUGUUGUAUAGCUGUUUCACCUGAUUUCACUCAUUUUGUAGUUACGGCGGGUAGGAAGUUAUAUGGUACAAAAAAUGCUAGUAAUUCUGGGACUGAGAAGAAUCAAAAUGUAAAAUCUGGUAUUGGUUUCUUUGCCUCUGAUAAUUUGAACAAAUUAGGUACGUUAGAUUUGGAUGGAAUUCCUUCUAGAGUGGCUUGGGGUAGAGACACAAACCAACUAUUUGUGGCAUGUCACGAUGGAAGGGUUUGGGUUAGAUGCGGUGAUAAUGAUUGUGACUAUGCAGCCAUGGCCCACAAAACGCGCCAACGUGAAAUGCAGAAGAAGAAGGUUGAAGAAGCUCAGAAUUUGGUGCUUACUGGCGGCAUGGAAGCUUAUCCUGCCGAUCAACUGCCACCCCAAUUUGAGGAAACACUUAUGGGUGGUGUCAAACGGGUCAAACAGGUCAACAUGUUGGCUCAGCAGCAUGUACCUAAGAAACCCCCUACCGAGAGGGAGAUUGAGAAUUCAAGAAUUCCGGAAGAUGAAGAGGACAUUGUUGAGACCUUGCGUAAUAGGCAGCAGAAAUUUGCAGAAGAAUUCAAGCGUAGGAAGAUGGAAGAGGGGGCUGAUGUACCCGAUGACGUUUAUCAUACUGGGCUAUUCAUGCGUGCCUAUGCUAAAACCCAACCUAAAUUCAUCCUCGAGCAUGACGCAGAACUGGGUCAGACUAGGGAAGAUAAGAGACUGCUCGGUGUUAGUAAAUGUCCAAAGUGUGGUAUUAAAAUAUGCCAAUGUGGUUAUAUGGGCUCAAGAUAA